UUUGCAUCUUAAGCCGAAACAGGAGUUGCUGAAAUGAAAAUCAGGAAGGAACUCUCCGCUGCAAUAUUUCCGUUGUUGAUUCAAUUAACAGUGAGUGAAAUACUUCUACCAACAUUACUGCCAGAAACUAUCCUACAAUGGAGUGGAAACAUUUGGGAUUACCUCUCCGACACUUCAAUCGAACUGAUGGGCCUUACAGACGAUUCAAACAACUUGAUAGAAGUAUGGCAUUACCUCGGACAUACCCGACAAGUUGCAAUGAACCUGCUCAUGGAUUCCACGGGAGGAACAAUCAAAAAGGAUCUCAUUCUCCUCCAUCUACUUGAUAAAAUUCACGGCCUUGAUUCCACCUUCAAUAGUUUUAAAGAAAAAGUGUUAUUAGAUGAUGAACCAGGGCCAAUCGCUGAUUUGUGUCUCUUCGCGACGCAACAAUUGUAUACUGACAAGUUGAGAAAAAAAGUUGAUGCAGUAAUCGAUAUCCUGUUUCCGAGGGGUACAACUCACUUUGUCGAAAGAAGCAGCUUCUCCGAAACGGAUAGCUAUUUCGCUAAUAGCAAGGAGAUUCUAUCAUCCCACUGGAAAAUUAUUGGGUCAUUGUGGAGUGAAGACUAUUACAUCCAACGUAGCGUACAGAGAGAAAAUGACAUAUGGUAGGCAGCAAAGGUCGGCCGAUGAAUCACAAUCAAAUAAGUAUAUUGAGAUUGACGCUAGUCGUCACGUGGGACUCCCAGGACUAGUUACAUUACCGUACUUCGAUGCAUUACCAGCUGUAUCGCAUCCGCCAUCUCCACUGGGAGGA